AUGGUUCUAAACCAGCCUAACGCGGUACCCUCCGAUCUAAAGACAGAGAAGCCUUGGCCUUCACUGAGACUCCUCAGUCAACUCACCACUUGGAAUACCCUCCGAUCUAAAGACAGAGAAGCCUCCGCCUUCGCUGAGACUCCUCAAUCAACUCACCCCUUGGAACGGGCAGGCCAGAAGAUAGCACACCAAGCCCAGCCUUCAGGGCAAGGCCAAUUGUUCCACCAUCUUAAUGCUCCCACUCGGGUUACAGGCUCACGGUACCAAGCCCAGCAGGCAAUUCUUUUAGCUAGGGACAUAUUAAGAGAACAUAUUCUUCAUCUGGUUUCGAUGUGGGAUGUUGUGCGAGGGCUGGUUUGGCUUUCAUGGGGAAAAAAUGGAGCAGACAACUAUCGUGUACUCAUGGUUUUUGCGGUGUAUCAUAUUGUUCACCAAAACUUAGCUGCUCAAAGGUCUUAUCUCCAUAGAUGGGUAAAGUUGGCAAUUGAGGAGGACGUUGAGAGAGAAGAAGCAUCUUUGCGUGAAGAUUUAUAUUCAUCGGACAUAAAAUUUGCAGAAUAUUACAAUGUAUGGACUUCUUUCCCAUAUCCUUGCAGCCUUUUAUCUGAACUUUCCUCUUCUUCAUCUCUGGACUGAAUUGUGCCUUCCAAUGAGUUUAAAUUGUG